UUUGUUUAAUUUUUAUUUAUAUAGAGGUUUUUUUAUCAAACCGUGUAUAAAAAAAGUUCUCUUAUUGGUAGACUAAGCACCUUUCACCCGAAGCCCCAGGCUUCGGCCUGAUAUCAUCAGUAUUCUGUAAAAAAAAGUAACUUCUCGCAAUAGCCACAUACAUAGUUUCUUGUAUCAAACCUAUAUUAAUCUAAACUUUUCCAUUUACACUUCGUGAUGUCUCAGUGGAACAAUACAUAUGAUUACAAUAGCCAAAAUCAGGCUUCAAAUGCAUGGAAUUCUGAUCCUAAUGGUCAAUACGGAAGUCAAGUUUACUACAAUAGGCAAAUGGAUCCUAGUGGUAAUCAAUAUGUGAGUUUUAAUGAAUUUCUAUCGCAAAUGCAGCAGUCUGGAGUUCCUAGUGUCAACACAGCCCAGUAUAGUAAUGUCCACUAUCAGAGUUAUCCACCUAACCAAUAUAAUAAUGCAAAUAGUUAUCAGAACUUACCAACAAAUGUAAAUGCUCAAGCCAAUUUUGGAUAUGGUGCUAGUUCUAGUUAUGCAAAUAAUGUUGAAUCUUAUGAAACCAAUAGUCAAGACCAGUAUAUUCCUCCACCUGAUGGUAAUGGUUAUACCAAUGAAAUGGUUUCUAAAUCAAAAUUAACCCCAACUGCCAUUGAAUUUAUUCCUAAAAAUUCUUCGUUACAAACAGAAAAUAAUCUGCCUAAUGAGAUACAGCAUGAACCUUUGGAAAUAGAUAACAGUGGCAGUGGCUCCAGUAGCAAUCAUACAAAACCAUCAGAUUCAAAAAAUUGGAGAGAACGACCAAAAAAUAAAGCACAAAAUAGUUCCUAUGAUACUAAUGGAUAUGAGAAUGGAGUAAACCAAGAACAUGAUAGCAAUGGCAGUGUUCGUUAUGAUAAUAAAAAUCGCAAAUAUGAUAAAAAUAAUAGUCAAAAUCAUACUAGGCCAGAAAGUAGUCAUUAUCCCCAAAGUUCUAGAAAUAAUGAUACUAAUGCCUAUAGUAGAAAAAAUAGAAAUGAUAAUUAUAACAAUGGUGAUUCCAACCGUAGAGAAGGGGGCCAAAGUAAAUCUAAAGGAAUGGGUAGAGAUACAGACCCUAGUCGAACUUUCUAUAAUAGUAACAAGAAUAAAGAUAGCCAGGAUGUAAGAAAUGGGAGAGGGGAGCCUUCUGGAAGGCAACGCUGGCCUGGAAGUCAACGGCUUAAAGCCAAUGAACGUUACAGCUAUGAAGAUGAACAAUAUGCAAAUUCAUAUCUACAAAAUAGAGAAGAGAAAGGCAGGAGUCAUGUACCAAGUCCAGCAAGAAGCAAAAAAACAGUUGUUAGUAAUAAUACAGGUUUAAAUAAAGAAAUGACACAAAGAGAGCGUCUAACAGAACAACUUGAUAAAGGUACACUAGAGUGCCUAGUUUGCUGUGAACGAGUAAAACAAUUGGAUCCAGUGUGGUAUUGCACUAAUUGUUACCAUGUUAUGCAUCUUCGGUGUAUUAGAAAAUGGGCUGUUAGCAGUAUGGUUGAGGGCAAAUGGCGUUGUCCAGCAUGUCAAAACACCAGCCAAGACAUACCUACAGAGUAUAGAUGCAUGUGUGGUGCAGUUCGUAAUCCUGACUACCAGAGAGGUGGCAACACUGCCCAUACUUGUGGUAAAGCCUGCAAAAGACCUAGAAGUUGCCCUCAUCCAUGCACUUUGCUUUGCCACCCAGGACCGUGUCCACCCUGCCAGGCUACCAUUGCAAAGAAAUGUGGCUGUGGUGCGGAAUCCCGCUCGGUAUUAUGCAGCAGCAAGUUGCCGCAGGAAUGUGGAAGACAGUGUGGCCGCAAACUUAACUGCGGUGUUCAUAGCUGUGCAAAUGAUUGUCAUGAUGGACCGUGCGAGCCUUGCGAUUUUAUUGUGGAACAAGUAUGCUACUGCCCAGCCGCUAAAACCCAAUCAGUACCGUGUACGCCAGAAAGUGGUGACAAGCGUACAUUCUCUUGUGGGUCUGCGUGCGCGCGCGUACUGACUUGCGGCGCGCACGUCUGUCGGGACGAAUGUCAUCCGCCGCCUUGUAAGACAUGUCCGCGGAGUGUGGAAAAUGUGAUAACGUGUCCCUGUGGAAACACUAAAUUAAAAGAAGGUGAACGCAAAAGUUGUUCGGACCCAAUACCGCUGUGUGGUAAUAUCUGCGCUAAACCACUCAUUUGUGGACCGGAUAACGAUAAACAUUUCUGUAUGCAAAAGUGCCACGAAGGAGUAUGCCCCGAGUGUCCAAACACUACAGUCCUUCAAUGCCGCUGUGGUCACUCGACUGUUGAUGUGCCUUGCAAAGAUCUACCCGGUGCUUAUGACAACGUAUUCUGUCAAAAGAAGUGUAAUAAGAAAAUGUCCUGUGGGCGUCAUCGUUGCCGCACAGCUUGCUGCGCGUCCUCACACCGCUGCGCAGUGGUUUGUGGGCGAACUUUAUCCUGUCAAUUACAUCGAUGCGAGGACUUCUGUCACACAGGACACUGUGCCCCUUGUCAACGGCUGGGCUUUGAAGAACUUCGCUGUGAAUGCGGUCUCGAAGUGAUCCUGCCCCCGAUCCGGUGUGGGGCGAAGCCUCCACCGUGCAGUGCCCCUUGUCGCCGGGAGCGUCCAUGCGGACAUCCGCCUCAUCAUUCGUGCCACUCUGCGGACUGUCCCCCUUGCGUCGUGCUUACCACCAAGACUUGUUAUGGAAAGCAUGAGGAAAGAAAAACUAUACCGUGUUCCCAAGAGGAGUUUUCUUGCGGUCUGCCCUGUGGAAAGCCGCUGCCUUGUGGAAAGCAUACUUGUAUCAAGAUCUGCCACAAGGGGCCGUGUGAUACUGACAAAUGCAACCAGCCGUGUAACGAGAAAAGGUCAUCCUGUGGUCAUCCCUGCUCCGGGCCAUGUCACGCGACAAAUGGCGGCCCAUGCCCCAGCACUUCGAAUUGCAAGCGAGCCGUUAUCGCCACUUGUCCUUGUGGACGCAGGAAGGCCGAAAGGGCCUGUUGCGAUAACGCUAGAGAUUUUGCCAAGAUUUUAAAUGCCCUGGCCGCUACCAAGAUUCAAGAAGGCGGUAUGGUUGACCUGUCAGACGCGCACCGGCCUAGCGCCAUGUUGAAAACGCUAGAAUGCGACGACGAAUGCCGUCAAGAAGCCCGUAGCCGUCAACUCGCGCUCGCUCUUCAGAUACGGAACCCGGACGUGUCCGCGAAACUAGCGCCGAGGUACAGCGACACGUGCAGAGCAAUGGCUGCCAGGGAACCAAGCUUCGCCCAACAUGUGCAUGACAAACUCACUGAUUUGGUGCAAUUGGCUAAAAAGUCAAAACAAAAAACACGCGCGCACUCAUUCCCGUCGAUGAAUCGUCCGAAACGUCAAUUCAUUCACGAAAUGUGCGAACACUUUGGUUGCGAGAGCGUCGCGUACGACGCGGAGCCCAAUCGCAACGUGGUCGCCACAGCUGAUAAGGAGAAGUCAUGGCUACCAGCGAUGAGCGUAUUGGAAGUAUUAGCUCGUGAAGCAGGUAAACGAAGAGUUCCAGGGCCAAUACUACGCGCUGCGACCAGUAGCGCCGCUUCCGCUCCAGCUCCUACGCCCGCUACCGCUCCCGCUACUAAAUCUUUUGGUGGUUGGGCGACAUUGACUUCGAAUAAUUCGUGGGCAAGUCGAAGUCAGCCUUCAACGUCUGCGGUGGUCAGAAAUGCGCCACUUAGACAAGAGUCGCGGCCAAAGAUCGACUAUUUUGAUAACCCACCAGAAGAUUAACAAGACAUCAGUGUAUCGUGGCGUUAAAGGUUCGCAUGUAUCCCAGUAAAAUAUAUUUUAAAUUAAUAAUGAAAAAUAUAAAUUACUAUUCCCAGGUUUCAGAUCUUUGACUACGUACAUGCGCUAAAUACGCAUCCUCAAAAUGUUGAAGUUUUGUUUUUAAAUUGAUUGAUUUGAUGGUAAAACAUAAUUAUAUAAUUCCCAGUUUUGAGGUAUUUUACUACCAGUACAUGCGCACACAACAUCCUCAAAAUCUUACCAAGUUUUGGCUCGAGUAAUCGGAUAAUUCAUCGAUUCUUUCCUAAUUAUAACAUGAAAACUCCCUCUAAAACAUCUUUGGUUCCGUAUUGAAACGUGGUAUAGAGCGUCUGUCAAGUCGGUAUUUUAUAGGAAAUUCUUUUUUUAAACUUGGAGUAGAAAAACAAAAGACGAACGACGUGUUUGAUUGUGAUUGGUCAAAGGCAGCUUCUGCUCAGUACGCAUACGCACGCGACAUGAUAUUACGUCCGUUUGUCCAAUCAUAGUCGAAGGAUUUCGUAUAUCUUUAUAAGUGUGUUUAACAAUAUUCUCAUACAACUAUUAUAUCCAUCCUAUACAAAUAGCUAUUAAACGGUCUGUACUUGUGUUUCUGCAAAUGUUUAACGCGAGAAAACAUUAAUUUAUUUAUGUAUGAAUUGAUUUGAACGAGCGUGAAUGCUUUUGAUGAUGUCAUGACAAUAAUGCCAUCAAAUACGAAGUCACUAUACUUAACGGUUGCCUUGUUCCAAAUUGCUUUAGCAUUGUUAGAAACAAAAAUUCAUAUCUAUUGUAUUCAAAUUAAAAUCCUGGGACUCCUUGAGUAACUCAAAUUAGUCAUUCACUGCCAUUUUAUAAUGCGAUUCGAUUGUCGAGUAGAUUUCUUAUACAUGUAUCAAUUUGCACGUUUAUAUUUAACGAAGUCAGAAAAAUCCUGGCAACAUUUAUGUCUAUGUAAGAAUAAUUGCAACCCUAUGAACUUCGUAUUAAACUUAAUUAUCAUUUUAACUCAUCUAUUUGCAGUGGCGCCGUUGGUUUUUGUGGAGUUUAUAGGGUUAAUGUUGAAAUUAUAUGUAUAUUGUGCAUGUUUUUACUUAUUCUUUGUAAUAGUAAUAUAUCAGUGACUAAAUGUACCGUAGUUAGAUUUAACAAAUAAUAAAUUGUAUGGUCCUAAAAUAUUUUACCAUUGAGCAUCUUAAUUUAUUUCAUAACUAACAAUACCGUGUCGGAUAUGUUUAUCUCUGUCACACUUGUUACUGGUUUAUUUAAGGAGACCUUUGUGUGAAAGAGAUAGCGUAUAGCUAUACUUAUACUUUAUAUAAAAAUUAAAUCACUCAAAUUACGUUUAUGUAUUUUCUCUUUUCAUAAAAUUGAAUUUGUAAUGAAAAGUAAGAUAUUUUACUUAAAACCCUGUAUUUAUAAUUUUAAAUAAUAAGUCUCUGUUUACUAAGCAAGGCGGAUACACCUAUACUCUGUAGUCGUUGAUAUUUAUUAACCACAGUUUAGGUCAAUAGGUAUCAAAAUGCAUGUAGUUGAACUGCAACCAGUGUUGCCGUUUUUCAUCGUUGACUUGCCCUUAUGUCGAAUUACCUAUUAAUUAUUAGUACAAUCGCUUGGUGUGGUUUAUUAUUUAUUAUAAAUAAAUAUUUAUUUAACUAUUCCAUGUAGAACAAGAAUGUCGAGAUAGCUUUUCUAAUCUAAUAAUGAUAAAUAAUUAUUUUAAAUAUGCCAUUCAAAAUAGUACCUAGUUAAAAUUUUUUGUUACUUUUAAAGAAGAAACUAUGGUUCAUAUGAGUCAGUCUUGCUUUUUUUUUGUCUGUCAAAUUAGUUAGACAGGAAUUUUUAUGACAUUAAUAUUAAGGUAAUAUUUCACUGAAAUUGUAUUCUAAAUGUAUGCACAUUUAAGUUAAUAAAAGAUACUAUUUACGAAUGUAUUAUAAAUGCAUAAACAAAAUACAUAUUUCAUAGCAUACAAAAAAGUGUGAAAUUAAAAAUGCUUAAGUUAUGGUCUUCCAUAGCUUAUCUUAUCAUAGAUAAUACAUCGCUUCCUUAGCGACUAAACCUUAUUCCAAUUCUAACAAUAAUUUUGUAAAAUGCACUUUUUACAUAGAUAUAAAAAUGUUAAUCACCCAUUCUAAAUUAAUAAUUAUGUGUUAAUAAGCAUUGCGUGGGUGCAGGGUGCAUUUUUAACAUUUGAUUGAUGAACCGAUGUUAAAAUCGUUUGUAUAAAAUCUGUUAUGUCAAAUUGCUGUUGUACAGACGACACAGUGUAAUAAAGUGUUACAUAUUCGUUUUUUAAA